UCGUCCUCCGCACGCUCGCAACACGACGCCUCGCUCUCAACGACGACUGGCUUGCAACUCACCGCAAACGCCUCACGACAUGGACAUUCUCGAGCUCGUACACGACGACCACCGGGCAGAGGCGCGGCCGUUCGAGUGUGCAUUUCGCGGCUGCCCAAAGGCAUUCAGCCGCCGCUCGGACUUGGCACGGCACAACCGCAUCCAUCUCAACGAGCGGCCCUUCAAGUGCUCGCACAAGAAGUGCGGCAAGACCUUCAUUCAGCGCUCGGCACUGACGGUGCACGUCCGCGUCCACACUGGCGAGCGACCGCACCAAUGCAAUCUCUGCGACAAGGCGUUUGCCGACUCUAGCUCGCUCGCUCGCCAUCGCCGCAUCCACACCGGCCGUCGUCCGUACCGCUGCCUUGUGCAGGGCUGCGGCAAGAGCUACUGCCGCAAAAUGACGCUCACCAAGCACACGCGCCGCGCCCACCCGCAGCUCGUCAGCUCGCACCGUCUCGAGCCGGGCGCGCGGGCACCCGUGGUCAUGAGCAGCAACAGCUUCGUCGGCGGCGGCAUCGUGCCGCACAUGAGCGCCGUGCCCGUCAUGCCGCUGCGUGCCGGCCGCUCCACUCGCAACUCGCGCCGCACCCUCGGCGAGGCCGACUUUGCCGCUGCCGCCCUGCUGCCGGGCAUGGUCGGCGCGUUCGGCACCAACAACGCCGCUCCGCUCUUCGGCGCCGGCGCCAUGCAUCACGUCGUCGAGGCACAGCAGUACGUCCGGCGUCCGGGCGACGACCUCGACGACGACGACGACGACGACGACGACGAUGACGACGAUGACGACGACGCCGCUGACGAGGAAGACGGCGCGUACGCCGACAGCCGCGACAGCACGUCGUACAACGAGUCGGCGCUCACGAGCCAGCCGUCGUCGCGCUUCGGCGGCGACGACUCGAUGGAGUGCGGGCAGAGCGUGGCGACGUCGAGCGAGGCGCACCACUUUGGCGCCGCCAGUCCGCUCUCCUUCCACGGCGGCGGCGGCGAGCUGCCGGCGCAGAGCAUGCUGCUUGCGCAGCCGACGCCGCUGCAGCUGCAGCACCACGACGCGCAGCAGCUGCCGCAGCACGUCAACAUGUUCGACAGCUUCGAGUCGCGCUCGCACUUCGAGCAGCAGAUGCAGCUCAGCGCCGACAGUGCGCACUCGGCUGCCUCGCAGCACAUGCACUACCACCACCACCACCAGCAGCCGGCCUUCCACGGCACGCACCAGGCGCACGUGCAGCAGGCGCAACAGCAGCAGCAGUACAAGCUCGAGCCGCACCUCGCCUCGCCGCGCACGCCGCGUCCCAGUGCUCGCCACUCGCCGAGCGACUUGCCCCACCCGGCCUACACCGGCGGCUCGAGCACGUCGACGCUGCAGAGCUCGGCGCCCAGCACGCCGACCAAUUCGCACCUUGCGCUCGGCGGCGCCUUUGCUGCGGCGGCCCACACGCCCUUCUCGUCGCUCAGCGCCGGACCCUUCGGCCACGCCGCGCAGCCCGACAUGCUCAAGUACGACCCGCACGGCGCAUCGCAGCACCAGCAACAGCCGCUCAUGACCUUCUCGCACACGUACGAGCCGCAGCAGUUCCACGACUUUGUCACGCACGCGCAUCCGCCCUCGCACUUCUCCGCCGGCACUCUGUAGAGCGGGCAUCGGACGCUCUUCCACCGCCCUCCCGCCGCGAGGCCAAGCCGACUGGAGCGGCUAGCUUCUGCGGCGCGCCUCCCAAGCAUCGACUACCCUUCUUGAACACCCCUCAGCACACUCCGGCCUCGUCUAAUCCUUGAAGCAUCGCCAUUCCCGCCUCGCGUCUCGAGCCUCGUCAUUCCGCUCUUGCGUCCUGCGUCCACGCCUUCCGUCACCUCCGCGCUCGGCCGCGAGCCGGGCGCACACAAGCACGACCUUCUACGCCCCUUGCCCGUGCCUCACCAGCUGCUCGCCUUACGCUUCUCGCCCAUCGUUCCCCUGUCCCGGCUUUCGCAUGUCCCGCGCCUCCGUCGCUUCCUCCAAA